CUCUCUCCUCUUAAACGCGUCUUCUUCCCCACGACUUUCCUCCGCCCCUGUCUACACGUUCCUCCCAAGAAAGCACUUCCCCUCCUCCCCUUGAUUGACGACGAUCACACUCAUCCUCCCUCGCAAGCGAAACCCGACCCCGACCCACCUCGCCCAGCGCAUAAAAAUCCCGUCUUUGUCCAUUUCCACGCAGACCCAGAACAAGAAAAGAGAGACAGGGAGAGGGAGAGAGAGAGAGAGAGAGAGAGAGAGAGAGAGAGAGGAAGAGGGUGGGUGGUGAUUGCUGAGUACGAUGAUGCUGCGAUCGUGUUACCGGCCGUUGGAGAGGUGCCUGGGGAGGUUCGGCGGUGGCAAUGGAGAUGGCCUCCUGUGGCACAUGGACUUGAAGCCUCACGCUUCCGGGGACUACUCCAUCGCCGUGGUGCAGGCCAAUUCGAACUUGGAAGACCAGGGCCAGGUCUUCGCUUCUCCUUCCGUCACCUACGUCGGGGUCUACGACGGGCAUGGCGGACCCGAGGCUUCGAGAUUCGUCAACAAGAAUCUUUUCCCUUAUAUUCGCAAAUUCGCUAAAGAGCAAGGUGGACUAUCGACAGAAGCAAUAAAGAAAGCCUUUGACGCUACUGAAGAAGAAUUUUUGCAUUUUGUGAGGAGGUCAUUUCCUGCACAGCCACAGAUCGCUUCAGUUGGAUCAUGCUGUUUGGUUGGGGUUAUUUCGAAUGGCGUUUUAUAUGUGGCCAAUCUGGGGGACUCUAGAGCCGUGCUUGGCAGGAGAGUUAUAGGGGGAGGGAACAAGCCAGUGGCAGCAGAGCGAUUGUCCACAGAUCAUAAUGUUGCUGUUGAAGAGGUAAGGAAGGAGGUUGAGGCGCUUCACCCUGAUGAUUCACAUGUUGUGGUGUACACGCGUGGAGUUUGGAGGAUCAAGGGCAUUAUACAGGUCUCAAGAUCCAUCGGGGACAUGUACUUGAAGAAACCGGAAUUGAACAGGGACCCGCUAUUUCAGCAAUUUGCAAGCCCUAUUCCCUUGAAACGGCCAGUAAUGACAGCAGAACCUUCCAUCAUAAAAAGGAAACUUAAGUCAGAGGAUUUAUUCCUUAUAUUUGCAUCAGAUGGCCUCUGGGAACAGUUAAGCGAUGAAGCAGCCGUGGAAAUCGUCUUCAAGAGCCCUAGAGCUGGGAUAGCCAAGCGAUUAGUGAGAGCAGCCCUUCAGGAGGCUGCGAAAAAGAGAGAGAUGAGGUACAACGACAUCACAAAAAUUGAGAAAGGAAUAAGGCGGCAUUUCCAUGACGAUAUUACCGUGAUUGUGGUUUAUCUCGAUCACCAUAAAGAAUUGCCUCUCGUUACAUCAAAGCACGGAGUGAUGAGUUGUACAAGCGCACCGGCCGACAUUUUCUCCCUCAGUGCUGAUGAAGCAGGAGGGGAUCUCCUUCAAGCAAUGUCCAAAGCAUAGAGUUACCCCUGAAAAUGCUUGAAGGUUGACAACUGACUUUUUAUUUGUUGAUAUUUAUGUCAAUAAGUUUUGCAACACAGGAAGAAAUACAGAAAGCUGGAGGAACGUAAUCGAUGAGAAAAAUCCCGAGGAACUGGUGUAAAUAGUUCUCUUUUGGUGUUUCUCUUUUUCCCUUUUGAGGAGGGAAGCUGCUUUUGGUUUUUUGAGUGAAGUUCCUACCAGCUUGGUCUUUUGGUCACGGAUUUGCGCUUGUUCUUGUUCAACACUGUGGUUCUUUAAGAGGGAUUCUUUUGGGGGGACGAAAUAUAACAGUGACAUUGGAGCAUCAUUUUUGUUCGCUACUUAGCAACCCUUUUGGGAAUAUGCUGUUUUUUGGAUUA